AUGAACGAUUCCAGCCAUAAGGGGCGUCCUCAGCGGAAACGCAAAAUCCCAGACGAAGAGAAGAAAGCAACCCCCCUUCCGGAGAAUGCCUCCCAUGUGGCAAGAGUGUUCCAGAGCUACCAGUGCGAGUUGGACGCCAAGUACGACAAGUACGAGAGGCUGGUCAAGAAGAGCAGGGAUCUGACCAUCGAGAGCAAGCGCAUCAUAUUCCUUUUGCAUCGUGUCAUGAGCUCUUCGGAUAAAGAAGAAAUCUUGCAUGAAGCCGAGGUUCGUCUCAACACCUUGAUGCACGAUGUCAUCGACGCCAUUGCAUCGGAACUCACAAAACCUGAGGUGUACCAGUUCUUGAGGGCUUUCAGUCCAGGGUUGCAGGAAUUUGUUGAAGCUGUGUCUUUCUACCACUAUCUAAAAAAUGGAAGUUUGAUUCACAUUGAUGAAGUCUGCAAUCCAAACUUUUCGCACAUAAUAGCGAAAGACACCCCCGGGGAAGCCCCCCUGAAAGCCGACCUCCCCCUCUCUUCCUUCCUCUUUCCCCUGGAUUUCGUCCUGGGUAUAGCAGAUCUCACUGGAGAACUGAUGAGGAAAUGCAUCAACAGCGUGGGUGCCGGAGACAUCGAGGAACCUUUCAAGUUGUGCGUGGUCCUACAGGACAUCCACGAUGCAUUCCUGAUCCACGCCAACCACUCCAAGGAGCUCAAGAGGAAGUUCUUCACCCUCAAGUGCAGCCUCCAGAAGGUGGAGAGUGCUUGCUACGCGAUAAGGAUCAGGGGCACGGAAGUCCCCAAGCACAUGCUGGCCGAUUUCUUUUCCAACGAGGAGGAGGUGCCGGACUGCGAUAUUUGAAUCAUUCUUUUGUGGUGAAUGUUCUACAGUAGGGUGGUUUAAAAAAUAAAUAUAAAAGUGACGACCAGUAACACGCUCUGGGCCCAGCUAGGCUGGUCCUAGUCCAUUUACAAUCCCCAGUGAAGAUCAAUGGCCCUCUUAAAACUAUCUACUCCCUUGCUCAUUACCACCUCUUCCUGCUGUUCCAAGGUUCCACUACCCUGCUAAAAUAAUCAUUUUUCCUAAUAUCCAUGUUAGCCCGAGAUUUAAGUAGCUUAAAACAAUGACCCCUUGUCCUGUUUUGAGUGCUAAACUUCAGUCCACUAACAUCUUUCAUUUUGAUAAAUUCAAACAGCUGAAUCAUGUCCCCUCGGUCUCUUCUUUGCUCAAGACUGUACAUUUUUAGCCUUCUAAGCCUGGAAUCAUAAUCUAAGUGGGAAAGUCCACUUAUUAGCCU